AUAAUUUUCAAAAAGUCGCCAACAAUCUCGCUUGAAAGAUAUCUAAGUUAAGCAUUGUGUGUGAACUCGUUAUGAAUUUCCGAUUCCUUGCACAUCACUGGACGAACCCUCGGACGAACAAUAACCGGAGGGAAAGUCAAUCGUUCGCAUACGCAUGGCUAAGCACCUAGUCAUAUACAUAUGACAGACAUAAAACGCACAUGCACGCGAUACUGAAGUCAUUACUUCUCCGCGCUUGCGUCGCGAGAAACGGAACGUUGCGUAACGUCCGCGUUUCAGUCAUCGUUGCGCUUCGCGAGCGACAGUAUGCGCGAUCGAUUCCAACUUGCAGGAAGAACGCUCAAGAUGUACAAUGUACACCAUAAGCACGACAUACGCUACACAAUGCAGCUGUGCCGCUGGGUGCUAAAACCGAUUGGCAUGUGGCACCCGAUCUAUGGUCAUCCGUCGCUAAAUGAGAAGUUCAUCUCGAUAAUAUUGAUCGUCAUGUGCUUCUCCGCUCUAUGUUUCGUCCUGAUACCUGCCGGAUUUUAUACUUUAUUUCGCGAGAAGGACAUCAACAUUAAAGUCAAGCUUUUCGGUCCGGUCGGCUUCUGCCUGACUAACACGAUCAAAUAUUGUUACUUUGGUGCGCGUGCUACCGCGUUCGGAAGAUGUAUUCGACAUGUCGAGGACGAUUGGCGGAUCGUGCAGCAUCAAACUCGCGAGAUAAUGCUGAAGAAAGUGCUGAUAGGACGCAGACUCACCACGCUGUGUGCGAUUUUCCUUUAUACCGGUGGAUUAUCUUACCAUAUAAUAAUGCCGUUAUCUUCCAGACAGGAAAUUAACGAGAACUACACGAUUAGAAUACAUACUUAUCCCGGUUACGACAUGUUUUUCGAUCCUGGAGCCAGCCCUGCUUAUGAGAUCGUGUUCUGCAUUCAUUGCCUAUUCGCGAUGAUCACGUAUCACAUCACGACGGCAUCCUGUAGCUUGGCAGCGAUUUUUGUAACACACGCGUGCGGGCAAAUAGAUAUACUAAUGUUAUUGUUGGACGAUUUGGUUGAAGGGAAAUGGAGCAAGGACACCACCGUGAAAAAACGUUUGAGCGCGAUAGCGAAACAUCAUGUACGAAUACUGAGAUUUUCGGCCAGCGUGGAGGAAGUGCUACGCGAAAUAUGUUUACUGGAACUGCUGACUUCUACCUUGACUAUAUGUUUGCUCGAAUAUUAUUGCCUAACGGAGUGGAAAAAUAGCGAUGCCAUAGCCAUCUUGACAUAUUUCAUCUUGUUGAUAUCUUUCACAUUUAAUGUUCUGAUAUUUUGUUACAUCGGUGAGCUCCUCGUGGAACAGUACAGCAAAAUUGGUGCCGCUGCUUAUGAAAUCGAUUGGUAUAAUUUAUCUGGGAAUAAAGCUCUCGAACUCGUGCUAAUCAUCGCAAUGUCUCAUUAUCCGCCUAAACUUACAGCUGGCAAAUUUAUCGAUUUAUCCAUGAAUACAUUUGGUGUUGUAA